CAGUUGCACUCCUGCUGGUCCCCCUCCAGCUCCUUGCUCUGCAGGUGAAGUUGAGUUCUUUCGCAGGGAGGGUGGAGGUCUGACAGGAUGCUGCUGGUGUUUUGGGGAGAGCGGGCUCUCAGGCUGGCGGAGUCCCCCCGGGCUGGUGUCCAUUGCUGGGGGUGGCGGCGGAGGGGGCUGCCAAGGAGCCGAGCCCUCAGCGGCUGGAAGGAUGGAGCCGGGCAGGCGGCUGGGAGCUGCUGUCGGUCUGCCUGCCCCAGCGUCUCCCGCUCCCUGAGGAGGGGCAGCGGUCCCUGCCUCUCCCUGUGUCCCGGGCAGGAGGAGCGGAGCCGGGCAGCACAGGCCGUGCUCCCACCGCGCCUUGUCCUCGUCCCUCAGGACAUCCGAACACACCAGAAACUCCAAGUAGUACUCGUCCUCGGCGCCUCCGGGGGAAGCCUCGUCCAUCGCGGGCUCCCUCCCUGAGCCCGUGCGGUGCCUCUGUCCCGCUGGGAGGGCACUCCGUGCGCCCUCUCCCUGCUCCAGCCUCCUGCCCGUAUUUGGGUGGCCGGUCUCGGUCAGUCCGUCCGUCUGGCGGCCCCGGGUAAACCCUCCCUGCCGCUCGCUGGAGGACGCGCUCUGAGCGGGGUUGGAAAGACAAUCCCGGCUAAUCGGCCCAUCCGAUUCUGGCGCCUGCUCGGCUUCCUUCCUUGCCUUGAACUCCUGCAUCGUUUUUUCUCUGACCUGAGCCGCCGUGAGCGAUCCCACUUGUAAGAGCGAGGAGCAGAUGGCAAUCCCCUUUGAGUUUGUGGCAGACACUUGGUAGAUGGCGGCGUCGUCUUCCGUGCAUCUGAAAGUCAAUGAAAUGUUACUUGCUUUGAACAGCCAUUGAGGGAGAGGUGCACCAGGGAGACCUGCAGUUUGAGAAGUGAAUGAGUUCAGAGGACCUAGAUAAAUGCUCAUUGAAGGUCCUGGAUCCAGAAGGAAGCCCCAGCCGGAGUUUGCUCCAUGUGAUGGGCAACCGGGGUGUGACUGUGAAAGACCUGUUGGAGUUCCUUCAAGUUAUGGGACAGACUGAGGCCUUUCAGCUGCUGAGAUCCUCAGCUUCAUUGAAGAUACUCAUCCAGCCUGUUUCCCAGGCUGUACUGGCUGGCCAGGCAGUGAGACUCUUUUGCCAAGCUGCAGGGCAUCCGAAUGUUGAAUAUCAGUGGUUUCGAAAGGAUGUAGAGAUUCCAAAUGGCAAUACCCCAGAGCUUGUGAUUAAUCCAGUUUCUGUAAAUGAUACCGGGUGGUACAUCUGCAGAGUGAACAGUGGCUGCUUUUUUGAAUUUAGUCUCUGGGUGCAACUUGAAGUUUAUAAUUUCAGUGCUGUCUGUGGAAGAAGAUUCUAUACCUCUGAGACCAGUCUUCAGAUUAUAAAUCAGCCACAAACCCAGAAACUAAAGGUAGGAGAUACACUUACAUUGGAAUGUACUGCAAUUGGAAUACCACUGCCACGUUAUCAAUGGAUAAGAAAUGGAUUACCAGUCAGCAAUGGUUGUGAAAGACACUACAAAAUAUGUAAUAUAAACCGAGACAAUCAGGGACGGUAUUGUUGCCGUGUGUUCAAUGACAAGGCGGAACAAUGGAGUAUGGAAGCAGAUGUAUUUGUAGAUGGAGUUGAACCAAUCUCUCCUCACAGUACAGUCCUGCCAUCCCAGUAUCAGCUGAAUGAACAUCCAAUGCAUUCUUUCUAUGAUGAGACCAAAUAUCCUAGAGAAACAGGUAAUCCUGUUGAAGUUGGACCACUAGAUUUAGGAUUUAACCAAAGACAUUAUGCAACAGACAAGGUGGCUCUUCUGAUUGGCAACAUGUCCUAUCUCAACCACCCCAAAUUAAAGGCACCAAUGAUGGAUGUAUAUGAACUGACCAAUUUGUUGAGACAGCUGGAUUUUAAAGUGGUAUCUCUGUUAGACCUCACUGAAUCAGAGAUGCGUAAUGCAGUCUAUGAAUUCUUACUCUUGCUGGACAAGGGAGUAUAUGGUUUAUUGUACUAUGCUGGACAUGGAUACGAAAACUAUGGAAACAGUUUUAUGGUCCCGAUUAAUGCUCCAAAUCCAUAUAGAUCAGCAAACUGCUUGUGCGUGCAGAGCAUCCUAAAGCUAAUGCAAGAGAAGGAGACUGGACUGAAUGUCUUCCUGCUGGACAUGUGCAGGAAAAGGAAUAUGCAUGAUGACACCAUUCCAAAUAUGGAGGCCUUAAAAGUUACAGCCAAUAUUGUGUUUGGAUACGCAACAUGUCAAGGUGCAGAAGCAUUUGAAAUUCAGCAUUUUGGAUUAGCAAAUGGCAUAUUUAUGAAAUUUCUAAAGGAACGCCUGUUAGAGGAUGAAAAAAUCACAGUAUUGCUUGACAGAGUUGCUGAAGACAUGGGAAAAUGUGACCUCACUAAGGGAAAGCAAGCUCUGGAAAUUCGCAGCAGUCUCUGUGAGAAGAGAGCCCUGACCGAUCCAAUCCAUUCAUCAGGCUGCUCCGCUGAAUCACUGGCACGCAACCUGCAGUGGGCAAAGGCCCAUGAGCUACCUGAAAGUAUGUGGCUUGAGUUUGACUGCGGUGUCCAAAUUCAACUAGGUUUUGCUGCUGAGUUCUCAAAUGUCAUGAUAAUUUACACGCGUAUUGUGAAAAAACCAAAAGGAAUUACAAUGUGCGAAGCAUAUGUCACAGAUUUUCCACAGGACCUAGACAUUGAUCCUAAAAAGGCAAACAAAGGAACACCUGAAGAAACAGGAAGCUACUUACUCUCUAAGGAUUUACCAGAGCAGUGCCUUUACACGAGACUAAGUGCUUUACAGAAACUGAAGGAACGACUGGUCUUCACAGCCUGCCUCCGUUAUCGAUAUCAAGGACUUGAUGAAUCUGUAGAAGAGGCCAAGGAGGUAGAUGUAGGAAAGCCACUCAUUGCAAAGCUGGAUAUCCAUCGCACCAUUAGGAGAAACAGCUGCCUAGUGACCUGUCCUAUGCCUCACAGCCCAUUACACAGCCCAGUACACAGCCCAUCUCACAGCCCAGUGCGAAGCAUGGCUUACAGUCCCGAAUUUGAGCAUUACCACCACCACCACAACCAACAUUAUCAAGCUAACUCUCACCUCGGAGUCUACAACCCAAAUUCAUCCAUGAUGGGUGCAGUAGGCUGCACCAUUCCUGCUGACAGCUGUAAAUACAACACGUAUACACGUAUGUCGGAUUGGAAUCAAAGACCACACUUCUGUAGUGGCAGCGUAAGAGAGAUCAAUAUUCCUGUUGAGAAUGAUAUCAAUGAUCUGCAGUCUGACUUCAAUACCUGUCUUCAAUUCACUGAGCAUUAACAUGCAAACAAUUGUCCAGAAUAUACUGAGGAGGAUUGUCCACUGGAGCAAUACUGGCUCCCACUGGAAGAAACAAAAUGUAGACUAUCUCCAUUUGAGUGAUGCACCAAUGAUGAGGCUGUCCAAUGAAUUUUCCAUUAUCUGCACAAUUGUAAUGCUGGACAGUUGGGCAUUUGUGAACAAUUACAUAACCUUCAAGGUGGCCCAAGUCUAUCAGCUGUUUUCCACCCCUCCUCAGGAUGCCUUCCAUGCGGCUGUGUGUGCAAGAAUGACAUUUAAAUACUAUGGUGGGAACUAACCAUUACUUAGAUUACUUACAGUGUGGAAACAUGCCCUUCGGCCCAACAAGUCCACACCGACCCUCCGAAGUGCAACC